AUAACAAACCAACACACACAAAAUCUUUCCCUCUGCAUUAUUGUAUAAUUUCAUAAAAAAAAAAAAAAUCUAUAUAUAAUAAAAAUAAUAUAUAAUGUCUCCAAGUAUUGCGGUCCCGUCGGUGCAAACGGUGCGACGCACAACAACAACAAAUGUGACGCAAGAAGAGAUGUUGAAAAGGAGAAACGAGGAAUUGGAAAGGGAAUUGAAAAGGAGUUUGGAAAGAGAAGAGGAAAUGAAACGAGAAUUGGCGAAAACGUGGCAGAGGCUGCGCGUGGCGGAAGAUGCGGAGGAGAGAUUGUGUUCGCAAUUAGGAGAGUUAGAAGCUGAAGCUGUGGAUCAAGCGCGUGAGUAUAGAGCGCGUUUGGUUACGCUCAUGGAACAACUUUCUGUUGCUCAAAAAGUUAUAUCAUCAUCCGGGAGCGUUCAGGGUUUGUGAUUAUAUAUAUGAUAUGAUUAUAUUUACACAUAUAUAUUGUGAGAGAGAGAUUGUAAUUGUAAUGUUUUUGUGUAAUUUAGACGAUGAUGUGUAAAUUGGUUUUUGUUAAGAAGGUUGAUAAUAAUGGAUCGUUUUUGAGAUUCGUUAUUUUGCAA